AUGAAAUACCUAGGUGAGCUAAAGUAUUUCUUAGGCAUUGAAUUUGCCAGGUCCAAACAAGAAAUCCUAAUGCACCAAAGGAAGUAUGCACUAAAGCUUAUUUCUGAAACUGGACUAGGAGCUGCUAAACCUGCUAUCACACCUCUAGAUUACAAUAUAAAGCGCACAACAAAGGAAUAUGAUGACUGUAUCAAGAUUUCUGAAUCAGACACAUUCGCUGAUGAUAAAGAACCGGAGGAUCACACUCCUUAUCAAAGAUUGAUAGUUGCAGAACUAAUCUGGAUGAUUGGCUUACUAAAAGAAGUUGAUUUUCAGAUCAAACUACCUGUGGAUAUUUACAGUGAUAGUAAAGCUGCUAUGCAGAUUGCAGCCAAUCCAACAUAUAAUGAGAAAACCAAACACAUCAAAAUUGAUUGUCACUUCAUUCGAGAAAAAAAUACUACAAGGACUAAUCACAACUAA